AUGAAUCUACCCGCUCCAGGCACCAAAAUGAGUUAACCAAACCAAGAAACCCUCUUUGAAACUCUCAAAUACUCAAACACAGAUUACUUGGAUCGUCCAAUCCAAUUCGCUCCAGUUAUACGUCUCUUCGGAUAUGAGCCCAAGACCAAAGAGCGGAUGUGCGUACAUGUUCAUGGCUAUUUUCCUUACUUUUACAUCAAAGUUGAUGAAUUGAGACAUUUAUUCACAGAUCUUGAUUUUGUCAAGGAUUUCAUAAACAAAGUGCAUCAAGUGUACGCCUCCACCUUCCUUGCUCAUUACCCCAAGUAAUCCCAAGAAAAGUUCAAAAUCAUCUAUCAAUAUGAAUUAUGUCAGAAAUUGGAUUUUUAUGGGUUUCAUAUGUAGAAGCAACUCUUUUUAAAAUUGUUCAUGUAUGACAAACAGUAUAUGUCCUAAUUGGUUAUGCUACUAGCAAGUGGUGCCAUCAUGAAUUACAAGUUUUAGUCAUAUGAAGUAAGACUAUUUAUGUAAUGUAAUUUAAGUCUCAUCUCACCUACUUCAUGCACUUCUAUAGCGAUGCAAAUCUAUUCGGAAUGAGUUAAAUCAAGAUAUUCAAAUUGAAAUACAGAAAAAGAUUCGAAAAAGAUUUAGAAGCAUUGUUGACAAAACCAAUUCUAUUUAGAGAUUUACAUACAAGCCAGUAUUCUCAUCUCUACAAGGUUACCACUUGUCCCUUGGAAAUAGAUUGUCACUACACUUGCAUUCUCAAUGAACGCUAUAAGGAUGAGAAGGAUAGGUUGGAAAUCUCUAGAGCAUUUACUCAGAACAAAGAAUUUGAAGUAGAAUUGACUCCAUCUCUUAAUAAGCUCUGGUCAGAUGAGGAAAUCAAUAGGGCGAGAUUUAAGUUCAGUCAACCAGUCUCAUUUGUCGUGGAUAAAUCAAAAAAUAAGGAAGGAUAGUUGUGGGAACACUAUCCUUCUGUUAAUGUCUUGAAUAAGCAAUUCAUGAAACAGUAUUUACAGUUAUACGAGGAUGCUAAGAAGAAUCACAUCAAAUUUGAUAUCAAUACUUGUUUCAUAAAUCAGAACAUUGCACAAAUGUUCUUUAAUGGCUAAUAGGAUGAAAUGGAAUUGUGUAAGAAAUCCAUACUCCAAAGAUUCCAAGAGUAUAAAACCAGGAAGAAGGAUCUCUUUGAACUUAUCAAAGAGGAAGGUAACAUUGAUUAUGAAUACGAUUUCGAUGAUAAGUUUAUUGAUCAGUAAGAUCUCUAAUAAGAUAAUGAAGAUGAAGAUCUAGAAGAUGCAGAAAGCAUUAUUAAAUCAUAAGAAGAAAAAAAUGUAUUUGAUAUCAUGAAAGAAAACCAGAAACUUUAAGAUAAAAAUAGAUUUAGAAAGAAAUAUCAUGCAAACAAAAAUAACAUCAAAUUAGGCUACAUCUUCUAAAUUUGUGAGUUCUGCAAUAGCAACUUUCUCAUGUGCAAUUGCAUUGAAAAAAAAUAGAAAAAGUAUUCCCUACUCAUCCCAAAAACUCAUAAGAGUCAAAUCUAUCAAUACAAAGUAAAACCACCCUCUCCAAAUGAAGUAUACUUGCAGCUACAUACGUAAAUGAAAUUAGUCGAACAUUAAUAUGCCUAUUUUGGAGACAUUAAAGAUUUGUACAAGCAUUAUAAUAUCAAACAUAAACAACUACCAUAAAAUCACAUGUAUGCUUUACUUUUAGAUUAAUAAUGCAUUAAAAUUCCAGAUAAUAGAUUUUAUGCUAUAAGCAUCCAGAAUUCAACUAAGCUCCCUAAAUCUUAUAAACUUGACGUAUUUAAAGAACAAUAAUAUAAUUGCAAUUUAAGACAAUAUCAAUAUUAACAUGAACCUCCAGCUAUUUAAGAUGUACUUUUAGACAUCAAGAGAAGAUCAGCUAUGAGAAAUGAUCCUUUAGAUUCAAUCAUUGAAAGUUCUCAAUACUUUUAUCCAACACCAUUAUCAAUAAUUAGUGAAGACGAUAUUACGUUUUAAGAAGAUUUGGUGCUAAUGAUAUUUGAAAUAUUUUCUUAUAAGGAUUCAAAAUUAUUACCAGAUCCAGAAAAAGAUGAAAUUUCUUUUAUUAUUCUUCACUCCUACAACGUUAAGAGUUCAAAGAUCAUGAAUAAAAUGCUUAUAAUCCAGAAUGAGGAGAAUUAUUUGAAGGCAGUUAAUGGGUAUUUUGAAAGGAUGAAUGCUCCCGUUGAAUACACUAUAGUUAUGACUUAGAAUGAGAUUAAUCUAAUGAAAGCCUUUACGUUAAUUGUACAUCUAAUUGAUCCUGAUUUCAUAUCUGGAUAUGAUUUAGAAACUAGGAGCCUUUAUUACGUUGCAAAUAGAGCAGAGUUCAUUGGUUAUGAUUUCUUGACAGAAAUAAGUAGAGGGUAACCAACUUAUGAUAAAUUGAUUGAAAUAUUUGAUAUCGAUGAGAUCUUGUUUAACUUUGGAUCGCCAUAACCUAUCAAUGAGAAAUUAUAAAAAUACAUGGAUUAUCGAUUGUUAAGACCAACAGCUAGUAAGAAAUAGAGUUUUAAUUAAGAUGCAAAGACCAAGUCAUAUAAUUCUAAAGGAAAACUAAACUAAAUUAAUAGUAGAAGGAAGAAACUCAGGUUUAUAACAUUUGUCGUUGGGAGAGUUUUAAUUAAUGUUUGGAGAAAUGUAGCUACAGACAUUAAAAUUGUAGAUUAUUCCAUAGAGAAUGUUUACUUUCAGAUGUUUAAAGAAAAAAAUGCUUUGAUACAUAAUCAAACUCUAUCACAAUGGUUUAAAUCAGAGACAUUCCUAGUUUUCUAAUAUUUCACCAAAAGAAUCAAUAUGACAUUUGAUAUUUUAGAAAUGAUUGGUCUAAUACCUAGAACUAUUGAAAUAGCCAAACUCUUUGGUUGUGAAUAUGAAUCAGUCGGUUUUAGAGGUAGUUAAUUCAAAAUUGAAUCCAUUCUUAAUAGAGUGACAAAACUAAACGACUAUUUAUUACUAUCAGCAACACGAGUACAGGUUUCGACUUAGAAGAUUUUAGAGAGUAUGCCUCUUGUUGUUGAGCCUCCUAAGAUAUUUACAGUAGAGUAUUAAUAUUUGUUAUUAAAAGUCCCUUAAUCGUCCUUGAUUUCCAAUCAUUAUACCCUUCGAUUAUGAUCGCAUAUAACUUAUGCUUUAGUACUUGUUUAGGAAGCAUAAAGGAAGAGUUCUAGGAAGGAGGUAAGAAGAGGUUUGGAGUAGUUACAACUGACAUUGACUUUGAGUCUUUGUUACAAAAGUAUUAAAGUCAAGAAGAAUUGAUGAAACAUAUCUUAAUUACUCCUAAUAAUGUUGCUUUUCUUACAAAAGAUGUUAGGGUCGGAAUAAUACCAUAAAUUCUGAAUGAAUUUCUAAUGACCAGAAUUAUGAUAAAAAAAUCUACUUCACUUUAUGAUAAACAUCCAAAAAUACAGAAGUAACAUGGGUUCAGAUAAUUGGCCAUUAAGCUGUUUAUGAAUGUGAUGUACGGGUAUUGUGGAGCAUCCUUUUCUGGUCGAAUGCCUUCUGGUGAUAUAGCAGAUUCAGUAGUUGAAUUAGGAAGGACCAUUCUAAACUAGUGCAUAGAAUGCAUAAACACAAAUCCAGCAUGGUAAGCCAAAGUAUUAUAUGGUGAUACAGAUAGCUUAUUUGUGAUGCUUCCUGGCAGAACUGUUAAUGAGGCUCUAUCGAUCGGAAAUUAGAUAGCAGAACAUUGUACUAGCUUAUAUCCACAUCCAAUUGAAUUAAAGUUUGAGAAAGUCUAUUCAGAAUCGUUAUUGGUAGCUAAAAAGAGAUACGUCGGUAAUAAAUUUGAAAAAGGACAAUUUUAAUUGGAUGGUAAAGGGCUUGAAAUAAUCAGAAGAGAUGGAUUCCCUGCACUUUAAAAAAUAUAAAGAAAAGCCAUAAAUAUUCUAUUUAAGACCAAAGAUCUGUCUCAACUCAAAUUAUAUAUGUAAAAAUAAUGGGCUAAAAUUCUAUAAGAUCACGUUGAUAUCUAAGAUUACAUAAUGGCAAAAGAAGUCAAAUUAGGAUCAUAUAAGGAAGGGAGACUUCCAGCACAUGCAGUAGUUGCUACUAAAAUUAUGAACUCGGAUCCUAUGCGAAGACCAAAAGGAGGAGAAAGAGUUCCAUAUGUAGUCAUUUAAGCAUAGGGAACAUCCAAACUCGCUGAUUUGGUUGUCAACAUUUAUGAUUUUUAAAGCACUAUGAAAUUGAACCCACACUACUACAUCAAGCAGAUUAAUGCAGCAGUAGGUCGAUUAUUUGCUUGCUUUGAUAUUGACAUAGCCGAUUGGUACAGUAAUCUUCCAAAAAUGCUUGCGAAAAGAGACCAUUUUAAACAACAUCUCACUUAUAGCAAUGCGCAUUAAACAAAGGCUACUUAAUAUACACUAGUUAAAUACCUUAAUAUAUAGUAAUGUUUGCUUUGUGGAGAAGAGUCAAAAUAUGAAGUACAUUUAAAUUAUAAUUAUUAAUAGUUAUGUAAACCAUGUAGCCAGGAUGGUAGAACUGCCUUGUUUCUACUGCAAUACAAACAAAAUCUACUGGAAAUAGAUAAGGCCAACAUUAUUUCGUCGUGUAAAAGCUGCUCCAUUGGGUAUUAGAAUUGCAAAUUGUGGUCAUGCAGUUUACUUUUCAAAAGGGAAAAGCUCAGCAAUUAUUUGAAUACUGUAGCAUAAAUGAAUCAAAAAUACUAACAGUUAAUUGAGUUUAUGAGUGAUUAUUGAAGAAAUUAUGUAUAUAAGUAUUAAUAUGUAUAUAUAUAAAUAUUAGCAAUAAAACAAAAUUUGAAUUUGAGUUGUUUAAUAAUUAAUUUCAAAAUGCAAUUCUAGACAAUUAAAAAGGAAUCCUAAGCAGGCUCAAAACCAUCUCCGAAACAUGAAAGUUAUAUUGCUAAAAUAUUUAAUUACAAUACAUCUCAAAAAUCAGGGAUUCUGAAGAAAGAAUUGCCAUUAUAAGACCAUUAAUUAUGUAAUUAGGUAUUUAUAAGUUAGUUAUUUUAUGAUUACAAAAUCCCUUUAGUCAGUGAAAUUGCAGGAAUCCCCCAUUCAAAAAUGCAAGGCUGAUCAAACCAAAAAAAAGAAAGUCAAUCGAGUUGUUUUCAAAACUGAAAUCGAUGAGAACAAAAACCUUUAAUUAGGAUUUCAAACAUAGCGAAAGAGCUACGAUUGCGUUGCAGUAGACAAUAAAAUCAAUAGUUUCAAUCUCAUUUCUAGCAUGUUCGAAUUGGAAUCCAAAAACAUGGAUCUUUAUAUGGAUCUUUAGGAUAAAACUACUCAAAUUUAACAAAUGCAAACUUAAAUUGAAUAAUAAUAAAUAAAACAUUAAUAAUAAAUUAGAUAAUAUAGUUAAGAAAAAAAAGAACUUCUCCUCAAGUAAACAUUAUUGCAAUUACAAUAGAAUUUAAAACCUUGAGAAACAAUCUGAACUGCAACGAAAAUACAUAGAAUAGCUCCCCUAAUUUGAAGUUGAAGCUUAAGAGUGGAAAAUUAGAUUCCUCAAGUUGAACAAACAAUAUCAUCUAUAGUAAGAGACUCUCGUCAGAUUGGAGGCUGAGUAACAAAGUAGUCAAAGAAGAAGGACAGAUGGAUUCAAUUGUUUUAAAUAAUAAUUAUGA